AUGCCUGGCGUGCCGUCGAACAAGGCUUGCCAACGCUGCAAAAAGCGUCACAUCAAGUGCGAUGAGACACGUCCCCGAUGCCAGCGCUGCACAGAUGCUGGGGUUGAGUGCCCAGGGUUUGUGCAGAUGCGCAAGUUCAUCGACCAAGGUGCCUCAGUAAGGCGCAGAUAUGCUCCAUACCAGGAGCAUGCGCCUAAGCCCAGUUCAGGGAGAAGCACACCUCACGCGGCAAAAACUCAUCAUCCAGAAUCGGAGCAAAACAGAGGAAAUGCCAACGACUCCCAAGGCUCUCAUCACUCGGAGUCGCCGCCACUCCGCGCCGAUAUUGAAAACCAACCGCCAUCCCCCCCUGUAGCCUCAGCAUGGGAGGGCGCUCGUUUCUCUCAGCCGGCGCAAGAUCGGAAUACCAGUAACUUGAGCAACGAGCCUGGAGUUAACGACACGUUCGGGCCCGGACCUGGGCAAGGUCCAAAUGCUCGUAUUAAUCAAGGUUCUAUACCCUUGGUUAAUUACGGCGCUCAUUCUGGCAGCACUACCGGUGGCUAUCAGCGUCAGGCUUCACCUACAGGGCCCCCUUUACUGGGUACCCCGUCUGAUCGCGGUGAGAGCGAACAGUUCCAAGACAUAUUCUCAGAGUUGAUGACGGGAACCGAGCAUGAAAUAUGCUUCCUGGUUCGGCACUAUUGCGAAAUUCUAGCCCCUUGGCUGGACAUUUCAGAUAGCGGGAGAUUCUUCGCUGCUGCUGUCCCAGUUCGAGGCAUAGAUGAGUUGUCAUUGCGGUAUGCAAUGGCAGCCCUCUCGGCAAAACACCUGGCAAGAAUGAAAGGCAUCAAAUUGGCAGGUUUAGCUGGGAUGUUUACAUCUCCUGCUACGAUGGAGGCCUACCCAAAUACCCAACAAGUUGACUGGCCUCUGAAAGCCGCCAAUUACUACUAUUUGGCUGUCACACAUAUGAACUCCUCUAUUUCAGACUAUGCGGCCGUGUCCACUUCAGACGUCCUUGACCCGCCGAUAUCCAUUGCCAACCGGUGGCUGAAUCUCCAGUUGAGGCAAACCCAAAGCCAUAUAGAAACCAGCGAUGCGACAUGGAAGACAACUGAAAAUUUGUUGGCUAGCUCGACGAUACUUACCCUAUACAAGAUCCUCGAUGAGCCAGGAGAGAAUUGGCAGUCUUAUCUUUCCGGAGUCAAGCCGCUUUUCUCCCAGUUGCUUAAUCUGCUUGCCCAGGGCAGUGGAGAUCACAGCAGCUUUUCCUCCGGCGUCACCGCGGCUUUCUGGAACUUUGCCAGGAUAGAUUAUUUAGCCUCGUACUAUAACCGACUACCUACCCACCUCGAUGCCGACGAUUGUGCGUUAUGGCGAGCUGCUGGUCUUUCGGUUGAUGAUCAAGGAAAUUUAUCUUCGCCCGACAGUUUGACCAGAUCCCAAGCCUUUUCGCAAGAAGACAUUGCAGCAAACUAUCUGACACGCCUCCUGAAUAAACUGACGAAUUUCCUGGCCGCUUCCAAGAAAUCACAACUUGAGCACUGGGUCGGAGGGGCAUCCCCUGAAGUACCCGCCUCGAGUCGUUCAACUCCCAGCUCUUCCGAUUCUUAUCCAAACAGUGCGACGUGGCUUAAACUCUCUUUUGAAUUCCAGUCCUGGGUUGAAAGGGUUCCUGAAACAUUCCGUCCCUGCCUGCGCCUGGAGAAACCAACCCCGUUCCCAACAUUUCCAGAGAUCUUUUACAGUCUGACGUCCUGCGCUGCUGCCAUGCAACAGUACCAUUUUGGACGUCUUGCAUUAUCUCUUAACCGCCCAUCGGAUGAUGUUUCAGGGCCCAGCACCUCCUUCGAUCGUCUUCAGGGCUACCGGGACCUUACAAAAGAGGUCGACCACCGUUGCCGAGAAAUAUGUGGAAUCGCACUCGGCAGGCCAGCGAGCGGUGCGCGCGUGCAGAUGAUAACCAUGCUAUAUGCGGUUGGACAAUGCAUGGAGAAACCGGAGGAAAAGCAGGUUGUUGUUGACUUAUUGCGGGGUAUUGAAGCUGAUCUGGGAUGGUCGACCGCUACACAAGUGCAGAAGCUGCAGAAAUGA